UUCGUGUUGUUCUACAACUUCGGGAUCAUGUCAGAUAACAAGGAUGGUUCGUCAAUCCCAGCCUGGGAUGGCUCAGCUCGCUCGUGGAGACGCUACACCCGAGAGGUCAGUUGGUGGGUCCACAGCACCCCUGUUCACAAGAGGCGUUACUGUGCAUCGAGGUUGCUGUCCCGACUCACUGGACCUGCGCGGCUUCUGGCGAUGAGCUGGAGCAAGGUUGGUUUUGACGCUCCUGACGGUGUGAAGAAAUUCCUCCAACGACUUGCUUCAAGUCCUCUUGUACGCAGAUCCCUGCCCAAUGCUGCGGCCAUCUGUCAGCAAUACUUUGGCUUCAAACGCAAUCAGGGUGAAUCCAUUCAGAACUUUCUUGUUCGCGAGACUUUGAUGCAUGAGGAGUUUGUGGAGGCAUUGAUUCGUCUCCAUGAAGACAAGGUCGGUGUCAGUCAGGCCGAUCGAGACUUUGGGCUUCCUACGGACUCUGAGUAUGACUACGACUGGAAUUCCUACCACUGGAACAGCUGGUGGACUGGGGACGCUUGGGAAGAGGAACCAGAGAAUCAAGGUGAAGAAGAUCUUCCAGAAGUACCUGUACCUCCUGGAGACCACGAACGUUUUGCCGAAGAUCAUCGUUCAGGGGCUCCUGGAGAGCGAGUUCCUGGCACAACUGGUUCAUCCCCUAGCCAUCAGCAUGAGCCAAGUCAACGAGGUGACCGUGAUCGAGCCCCGUCUGUACCAGAGGCUGAUCCGGAUGCCAAGCAAUUGCCACAGCCCUUGGACGAGCUCACACUUGCAGAUUCGUUCAUCUUGGACGUGCUUCGAGGCUGGCGACUUCUUCAGGCUGCCGGACUAUCUCAUGAGGAGAAGCGUGACAUCUUGAGCACCACCAAGAACAGCUUGGACUACUCCGUUAUCUCCUCGGCUCUUCAAGGUCUAUGGGACGAUCAACUUCUUGGACAACGGCAUCAAGGCUCCCAUAACCUGCACUACCUCAACGGUACGGAUGAGUUCCAGGCGUACUACCAGGAUGAUUCUUGGUGGAAUGAAGAUGAAGAUGGUUGGUGGUUCCAAGGAUACUCGGCUGAGGACGGCUACGAUGAUGAUUGGUGUUGGAACGAGCCUCUUCUUGCCAGUGGUGAUCCUGAAGGCAUGUACACGGCCUCCGUGUCUUCUCCUCCUGAAGAUCCAGAAGCUACAGAUCGCAUCAAAGAGGCUCAAAGGGCAGAGCAAGUGGCUGAGAAUCUUGCUGCCGAAGCCCAUCGUACUUGGACUGAGGCUCAGAGGGCCACUGCAGCUCUCAAGCGAGAUCGUGGCUUUGGGGCUGUCAUGAGUAAAGGUGGUCCCCCCAUGCGAUGCUACAAUUGUGGUGGCAACCAUCUUGCGCGAGAUUGCCCGGAUCGUCGAGCCCCUGGACCCAAAGGCUAUGGUGGCAAGUUCCACUCCUACAUCCUGGAUGACUAUGACGCCUACUACUUCGGCAAGGGCAAGGGCAAAGGGAAGGGCAAAACCAAAGGCAAGCGUGCCAAUUGGAUGGAAGCGCAAGCAUGGUUCAAGGGCAAGGGCAAGCACAAGACUAAGGACUCCGGCAAGUCGGUGAACGCCUACAAUGCUGAUCUCUUCGCUGGUGGCCUCGAACUGAGCGAGGGACUGGAGCUUCACGCUUCUACCUCAGAGCCUGUCCCACAGCAUCAAGGAAUGCUUGAUUGCGGGGCUACCGCUUCAGCCGCACCUGAGGCCGUAGUCCAAGGCCUCAUUGGUGCCGUUUUAGCUUGUGACAAGUCAGCGAAGAUCGAACUGGACCAAGCUGCGCGACCAUACUUUAGGUUUGGCAACGGGCGAUGGGGUCGAGCUCUUUGUAGGGUGCAUAUCUCCAGCAAGGUCUCGGGACAAGAACGUACGUUCUCCCUGUACACGCUUCCCAAUCCUGUUGAGUACUAUCAGUCCAAUUUCGACAAGCAGACUUUAGUUCCUGUUUUGGUUGGCAUGGACUUUUUGGGCAAGAAUGGCAGUGGUGUUUUGAUAGACUUUGGCACGGGCUUGGCUAUGUGCACUCGAGAUGAUAAUCCAGAAAUCUUCCAGAUGCAUGUGAAUGCCAAGGGCCAUUACGUCUAUGACAUCGUGCACCACCUAACUCGAGGUUUCUCAUGCAAGGACGGCAAUGCCCAUGUGAUAGUACGUCACCCCAAAGUUGAUGAUUCCUUGUCCAUGUCCCAUCAGAUGCUUGAGCUUUGGACCGCUUGGGUAGACUUGACAGUGAGUGACAUGGAGCUGAAUGAGCGAGAGCUGGCUGUAUCCCGAGAUCGUCUCUGGAGAGUGUAUCGUGAGGGUCAUGUGACUGCUGCCGAUUCAGCUGAGAAAAUCCUCACAGCUGCUCUCAAGGCCAAAGCCCGGCCGAAGCAGCGUGCCAGAUCCCUGGACAAGUCCCGUGCAAUGAACCUGGACCCUCGCGAUCCUCGAGCAUCGACCAACCAGUGGCCUUGCUACAACAAGCAUGUUCCGGACAAGCCGAUGUCGAAUGCGCACGGCCAGUGGGUCCAUUGUCGAGUCUGCGACCUACGUCUCCUUUAUAUCCCGAGGAAGGGAGCUCCUGCCACCAACACGGCCACCGUCAAUGCCAACAUGGUGCAGGAGAUGCUGGACGAGCUCCACGCCCACCUGGGUGCUCUGAAGCCAACGGCAACCAUAUGCCGCCACGGCAUGGCCAAGAUUGCGGCGGACCAUGUUCUUCGGGAUGCCAUUGCCCAACUUCGAAGCCAGCAUCCAACGACACCGGGGACAGCUUCAACGAGCCCAUCGCCUCCGUCAACAGCGUGGGGCGUGGUGGAAGAGGAGGAGCUGAUCUCUGCCAUGGAGGCCGAGCGGGUCAUGGCUCUCCUGACUUUGAUGGCAACUACGGCUUCAUCGCUACUUCUUGGACUUCACUUGAGUGACCGUGAUGGGCUAUGGGAAGUUGCUUGUGGACCUCACUCUUGGCUUUCUCAAGCAGCUGAAGAACAUGGACUACGCCCUCGGCGCAUCAACGUGGCCAAUGGCUAUAAUCUGUACGACAGGUCCACCUGGGAUCGUCUGAGAGACCUUCGUCAACAGCGCCGCCCCAGAAAAAUCUGGAUCUCUCUUCCUUGUACCAAAUGGUGUGCUUGGACUGUGGUCAACUUCAACACACCUGCCCUCAUGGAGAAGCUGGAAGAACAACGACGGCGAGAGCGCCGGAUGAUCUGGAUGGUUGUCGCCUUCCUUAAGGAAACGAUCGAAGAGGAUCCCGAUGUGGACAUCUAUUGGGAAUGGCCUUGGCCCUGUCAAGGCUGGAAGCAGCGCCCUCUUGAAGAGCUUGAAUCCUUCUUGGAAAAGCGACAACUUGAUUGGCUUCCUUGCCGUGUGGAUGGCUGUGUGUACGGCAUGAAGGACCGACAUGGUGCCUUUCUUCGAAAGAAGUGGAUGAUCAAGACGACCGAUGACAAGUUCCAUCGAGUCUUCAGGGCGAAGACGUGUUGUGGAAAUCACGGCCAACAUGGCGCCAUUGAAGGCCAAGAGACGGAGAAGUCGGCCUACUAUCCAUGGAAGCUUGUCCAAGCUUGGACUCGUCAUUGGAAGGAGCAGCUCACUCCCGAACGGCAUCUUCGACUUCUUUCCCUUCGUGAUGAUUGCUCCUUGGAAAAUGAGGAUGAUAACGUCUCGGCAGAUUAUGUGAUUUCUGAAGACUGCGAGGCGCUUGAGGAGUAUGAGGGUGACUUCAUGACUUGUGAUGAAUCUGGAGACUUGACGGCUUGUGAGCAAGUCAGUGUGGAGUCACUUGCUUCUGAAGCCUUCCAACAUCAAGACUUUUCUAUGAGUACGUGCAAGUUCAUCCUUGGCGAGUUCUGUCGGAAUUUGGCCACGGCCUCUCCUGGUCCAGAACAUCAUCGAUGGAAGAUGCCAAACACCUCUGCCUCUGUUUUUGGCGCGUUCUCACACGGGGCCUUUCAUGGUGUGACAAAGGCUUCCAAUCGACAUGCGUCUUUGGUGAAGUUUGUCAACGCUUAUCUGCGACACCACCUUCCUGGUCAAACGUGGUCGAGCUUCAUGAUUACUUGGAAUGGAGUCGCUCAGCCACAUCGAGAUGUUCAUAAUAUGAAGGGCACUCUCAACGUCGUGCAUGGUCUUGGGAGCUACUCCGGAGGUGGUCUGUGGCUUUGUGGCAAGCCACCACUUGGCCAACCGGUGGUUCGGAGGCGAGGUCUGGAUGGAUCCUAUCUCCAGGGCUAUGUGGAGAAUACCUUCGAACGCUUUGUGGUGUUUGAUCCUUCCACUAUUCACGCCUCACAGGCCUUCCAGGGCUCGCUCAUCAUGCUUUCGGCAUACACCACCCGGAUGCUUCCACACUUGUGUCGUGAGGAUCGUCAAAAUUUGCGAGACCUUGGCUUCCCGUUGCCGAAGUCCUCAACCUCCUCGUCGACCUGGGCGGCACCGGCUGUGAUUGACUCCUCUCCGACUUCCCUAACCCUGGAGUCGGUCUCUUCUCAAGAUCGUGCCCGUUGGGAAGCACAAGUUGCAAAGUUCCACAAGGCAGCUGGCCAUCCCACUAACCGGAACCUUGCCAAGAUUGUCAAGGAUGCGGGUCAUGAAGACUGGAAGGUGGAGAUUGCCUUGAAGUAUGAUUGUCCUGCUUGUAAAUCCUUGAAACAAGGCGGCACAUCCUCAGGUCAGAUACCUCCUGUGGCCACUCACUCGACAUAUGCUGCAUGGCAAGCGGUGGGUGUUGAUUCUGGUGAGUGGGUGCCUCCUGGAUCUAAGAUCAAGGUCAAGUUCCUCCUGUUUAUGGAUGUUGCGACCAAAUUGCGGGUCGUUUGUCCUUUGUUCACCUAUCCGUUCUUGGAAAUGCGCACAGAGUCAGGCCAGGACCUCAUCUCUGGCUUUACGGAGCACUGGAUUGCACACUACCCUCGGCCCAAGGUGAUCAUCCUAGAUGCUGCAAAGAGCUUUGUGUCGGAUGCUGUGCAUGAGUUUGCCAGCAGCUUGAAUAUUGGGCUUUCCUUUGUCGCCGAAAAGGAAGCUUGGGCUCACGGAGUGAUUGAAGCUGGAGUACAAGAUCUGAAGAUGACUGCUUCCGCUAUCCACUUGGAUGCUCUCACACAGAAUCCGUAUGUCACACUGUGGUUGGCGACCUCCUCCUUGAACGCCACCGAGUUUACGGCUGGAUUUUCGUCGUUUCAGUGGGCCUUUGGAAGUCAGUACAAUCUGUCGGACGAAGACGUACGCACCUUUGCCAGUGCCAACUGCCCUGACAACUUCACAAAGUUGGUCACGGCUAGGGAGCAGGCCCAAGCUACUGCCCUCAAGACCCGUGGUCGUCGAGUUUUGUCCAAACUGGCCAACUCUACGGUACGACAACCUCUCAAAACCUUUGCUGCGAUGGAUUUGGUCAAAAUUUGGCAUGUCAAUGAGGUGGAGCGCUUCCAGUACGAGACAUCCGGUCAGGAGGAUAUGAGUUCCUGGAAGUCCCUUGCUGAAGUUCUACCUCGGCGUGAGUAUCAGGAUUUAACGGACCAAGUUCCUACAGCGGAUGAGGUAGAGUUACCUGACCUUCCCUCGGAACCUGGACCUUCGACAGUAAUCACUCCAACACGUCGCCUACCUCGCAAGACAAACGUGUUUCGCAGUCCAGGUGUCAUGGAGAUUGAAGGUCCGGCUACAUCCUCGAAGCGGAAUGUUUCGCCUUCGGCGCUUCCCACUCCCAGUGCAGAACCUCCUGAACAGCCUGCUGCCGUCAACGACUACGAGACCGGCGACAACAAGCGUGCUCGCACCUUGGACUGGGUUGAGCUCAUGUACAAAGAGGCGGAACUUGAGUCCCAAGAUAUGGACAUCUUCUCGGCAUUCCUGGAUGCUCCUGAGUGCCUCAAGAUUGAGUUUGAUCUGCCUGCACCGACGUCGAACCGCCAACGCAAGGCCUUGGAGAGGAAUCCGCUUCUGUACUUGGCCAAGAAAAUGAGAGAUUCUGAGGUCUCUCUGGUGCGACUGCCAGUGUGCGAGAAGGAGCUCUUUGCUCGGGCUAAGACGAAGGAAGUGGACUCGUUCCUGAAGCACGAGGCUGUUCGACGAUGUCUUGAUGACGCUGAAGUGAAAAAGGCGUAUGAUAGUCAGCGGAUCGUUAGAGCGCGCUGGGUGUUGACUUGGAAGGGAACACCUCUAGAGGAGCUGGAGGAUGCCAAGAAGGACGCCCAGGACAAUCCCAAGACUGUCUUCACAGGUGAUGGAGCCAAAAAGGCUAAAGCACGCAUUGUCCUUUUGGGAUUCGAACAUCCCAGUCUUCUCGAUCCUUCUUUCAAGACCUCGAGCCCUGUGCAAUCCACCCUUGGAAGGAACCUCCUCUACAGCAUGUCAGCACAGCAUCAAUGGCCCUUAGAAGGUUUGGAUCUUGCCACUGCAUUUCUCCAGACUCAGGCGACUGAGGCUGACAAGGAGAUUUGGACGACAGGUGUGCGAGAGCUUCGUGAGGCCUUGGGCAUUGGCGAGGAGGGGAUCAUGCGCAUCCUUAGAAACAUCUAUGGAAGCACCACUGCUCCACGUGGCCUUUGGUUGGAUCUUCACAAGACGUUGACCUCACUGGGCGCCCAACCAGUUCGUGGAGAACGUUGCCUAUGGGUCUGGCCGUCGAAAACUGCCAAGGACCAUCUCGGCAAUCGUGAGUUCCCCAAGAUCAUUGGUGCUAUGGGUGGUCAUGUCGAUGACUUCCAUAGAAUUGGUGAUGGUUCACCAGAAUGGCUUGAGGUGAAGGCUCGAAUCAAUCAAGCCUACAACUGGGGAAUGCUCAAGGUGGGCAGCUAUAGGCAUGCGGGCACCGAUGUCUCCUCCGUCUCCGACUCCACUGGGAUCUUCAAGAUUCGUAUCAGCCAGCAGUACUACAUCGACGGUGUGCCCGAUUUGGACAUUGACGUCGAUCGACUGCGUUCCAGUGGACCUCUCGACAAGAAGGACAUCGAAGCCUGCAGGACCAGCUUGGGUGCUCUUCAGUGGCUUGCUGUCCAGACACAACCUCAGCUGUGCGCCCGGUGCAAUCUCCUGCUCACGGACCUUGUGACCUCAGGUACUAUGGACACUGCCCGUGAGGUUCAAGAGCUGAUCUGCGAAGUUCGCCGUGAACCUACUGUCCUUGAGUUCCAGAAGUUCGAUAGCGUCAAACAUUGGGCGGACAUGGUGAUCAUCACUAUGGGAGAUCAAGCCCAUUCUAAUAGGCCUCGUGGAGACUCCACAGGCGGGCUUGUCACACUCCUGUCUGGACCCGAAAGCGUUGAUGGCGCUGUAUGCGACAUGAACCUUGUCGCAUGGCGAACAUGGAAGUUAAAAAGAAAGGCGAUAGGGAGCAAUGAUGCUGAAGUGCAAGCGAUGCUGGAAUCCGAAGACCAGAAUUUUCGCACCCGCCUUCUGUGGAGCGAGCUUCAUGGCGCUGGCGGCCGCGAUUCUGAUCGUCCCCUUCGGGAAGACUUGGUGGCUCUUCAGGAACAGCAAGUUCUUGCUCUUCGAGGAAUCGUUUGCACUGAUAGCCGUGGAGGUUAUGACGCCGUAGAGAUCAAUGAGAGCCCUCUUUUGGGGCUUAGCAACAUGAGAGCUGCUCUUCAAGCUUUCCAACUUCGAGACAAUCUGCGUCGAGCCGCAGGUGAACUUCGUUGGGUUGCUUCCGACUUUGAUCUUGGUGAUGCUCUUACCAAGAAGCGAGCUGAGUGCAGAUUGGGUCUUUCUCAAUUUCUUUGCACCCGAAAGUGGUGCAUCAAGUUUGAUCCCAGCUUUGUAUCUGCUAAACGUAACAAGAAAGCUGGCAAGAGCGCUGUUCAGACAAUUUGCAUCAACUGA